AUGGCCGAGACGCUCCGGGUGACUCAGCUUGCCCUGCGGGGCACCCUCCCGGGGGGGCCUCCCGGCAGGCCCUGCGGGACUUUGGUAGCCUUCGGCGGACCGGAGAGAGCUGUAAAUGAAUUUUCGACCAAUGAUAGAGCUGCUACGGAGGCUGCAAGGGGUCUAUAUAAAGCAGCCCUGCUUGCCAUGCUGGCUGUCCGCGAGCCUCAGAUUUGGCAAAACAACUCUAAGGCCCUUCUGGGGCAGAUGCAUGCCUGCAAGUGUGCUGCCGCCCUUGCUGCGCUUGUUGCUGGAGAGGAAGAAGAGGAGGAGGAGGAGGAGGAGGAGGAGGAGGAGGAGGAGGAUGAAGAGGAGGAAGAGAAUGCCCGCCGCCGCAAAGGCAAAGCCCCGGCCACCUCUGCCCGUAAGGGGGUUCAUUUUGCCAGUCAUGACACCCGUGAACAUGCAGAUAGAGUCCCGCGCCGCGCCCAGCGCUUACACACAUGCUGGCCGUGGCAGCCCGACAGGUAUCUGCCGCCGCUGCUGCCCAGGAAGCUCUCGCCCAGACGCUGCUCCUGGUAG